AUGAGACUGCCUUUCAUCGGUUCUAUUAUCCAGUGGACCACACACAAACGCCAGGCAAACGAUGAUGGACAAGCUUUACUAGAAGACGAUGCCCUAGGUAUCCCACUAGAAAGAUUCGACUCAAAUCCCAGCUCUUCUCCCAGUUCUGCUCCUCGGCAAUUCCAGGUAUACCGUCAUCAUCGUGGAUUACGGGGAAACAAGUCUUGUCAGUUGGCAAUUUUCAGCAUUAUGCUAGUUGGAUUACUAUUGGCAGUACUGUUACCGCGGCGUUCAAGUCCUAGGACAGUCAGCGAUGGGCUACUACCUUGUGGUACUUCAAGAUACUCCAUUAAUGAUUAUACAUGCUGUCAUGGCAAUUUCCUCUGCCCGGUGGUCGACAGGAAACGCACAUUACGGUGCGGUGACAGUUGUUACUCACCUCGAGAGUUUUCCUGUGACCAUGGGCAAUUACUUAAAGUCCAAAACUCUACUUCAGAUGUAAAGCCACCCCCAAAGGACGGUCACUGCGUAUCCAGGUACCUCCACUUGAGCGACCCCCCAUACGAAAACUAUUUUAUAUCCGAUUGUAGCAGUGCUAGUCAAGUCGUUCUCACAAGCCCACUAACCGAUAGCGACUUGAAAAUAAUUGGCCCAAGGCUUCUUAUUGCAUGGCCAGCCGGGAACAGUGGGAUCAUGGCGUAUUUCUCGCCAGAAAAUGGUGUCAACGGAACACUCGACAUACGGUUGGACAACAUCGUUUACACAAAUCGGACAUUAGACACUCUAAUCGGUGGCGUAACCGGCGUACUAUCUUUUAACUCCUCUGCAAUACUUGAUCUAGCCAUCCUAGGAAGCAUCAGAACAAUUCGAGAGUUUGUCGAAGGGCCGAGUACUCUAACAUCAAAAAUGCAAGAUGCAAUUGAGGUCCAUAUGUUAUCCGAUGGGGGUAUCCAACUCAACCGGCCAUGGCUAGAUAAAACCACAGAGACAUACUUGACUAUGCACAGUCUCGGCGGAGAUGCAAUCGUUAUCAGCAGUGGUAAACCUCGGUUUAUGGGCGGUGCUUACACCUUUAAUGCUUGGUCUAGUUAUCCACAACUGGACCAACUUGAAGCGACGGAGGUCAUCAAUCCCGCGUCUCAGUAUCUUAUCACGCAAAAUCCGGAUGACUUUGAAUCGCUUGCCUUCCUCUCGUACAGUUCAAAGAUGCUUGCUGGGGCUUGGAGGUUCCUCACAUACUUUGGACGGGACAGCCUUAUUUCGCUUCUUCUACUUCAACCCAUCCUCAGUGAGGGCGAUGGAGGAGCAAUUGAGGCUAUUCUCGGCGCUGCAAUUGAGCGAAUCGAUUCACAUGACGGCAGCGUUUGUCAUGAAGAAACCAUUGGCGACUACGCAUCAUAUCUAAAUGCACAGCAAGGUGCUGAUAGCACAGAUCCCCAAUGCGAUUAUAAGAUGAUUGACACUGACUUCUACCUUAUAAUCGCAAUGCAUCGGUAUUUCGUUCUUUCCACCGUCGGGCAAGCUCGUCGUGACUCGUUCUUCGCCAGAAAGGCGACUAUACUUCCAGGAAGCCGUGGUAUCACUUAUGACGAUAUGACCUUAGUCACUGCGGAGAAAAUAAUGAAACUGACAACUAAUUUCGAACAAUCUCCAAUAAAGCAGAAUCUUAUUCACCUCAAGCAAGGCCAAGUAGCGGGACAAUGGCGUGACAGUCCCAAUGGCUUGGGUGGUGGACACAUACCAUAUGAAGUGAAUACGGCUUUAGCUCCUGCAGCACUUCAUGCGAUUGCGUCGCUAUCGAGCAAUGGAUUCUUCUCUUCACAUCCUGACUGGUCUGAGAUCGCUAGCAAACGUGCUACUUUUUGGGAAGAUAAUACACUUUCCUUUUUCGAAGUGAAUCUCACGGCCGAUAAAGCCCGCGGUCUCGUGGAAAGCUACGUCGGUACGACCAGAUUUCCGGGAGAGGUUGACACAGCCUCGUUGACCUCACCAGUUGUCUUUCACGGCCUAGCUCUGGGCGGGAGAAAUGGGCACUCAGUUGUUAGAGUUAUGAAUACGGACGAUUGCUUCCGGCUAUUCCUCCUCAAUAGUACCAGCCAAACUCAGCUCUCUUCUUUUCUCUCGCAGGCUGCGGAUAACAUCCUGCGCCCAUUUCCUCUAGGUUUAUCAACGCCAGUCGGACUCGUCGUCGCAAACCCAGCGUAUAGUGAAGGUUCCGUGAAGGUCGAUGAAUUCACCGAAAGUGCAUACCACGGCACAGUCGUUUGGAGUUGGCAGCUUGCGAUGAUGGCUGCGGGACUUGAGAGGCAGCUGGAACGGUGCGGCCACGAGCGACUCGAAUAUUGCACAGACGUCGGAAUACAUAGACGUGUCCUCGAGGCAUAUAAUCACCUAUGGGACAUAAUUGACGCCAACCGUGAGCACUUGAGCAGCGAAGUUUGGAGUUGGAUACAUAAAGAUGGUAGUUUCCAAUACAUACCUCUGGGCGCUCUACCACCCUCAGCAGGGCAAAGCCCAGUCGAAAGCGAUAUUCGACAACUUUGGAGCCUGACAUUCUUGGCGGUCAAGAGAAAUAAUGAGUACAGGCCCUCUUGA